AUGGUGGCAAGACUUAGGGGCAUUCAACAAGAUGUAAUCCAUUUUUAUAGACAAUGCAUAAGAGCUGCAAUGAAAAAACCGGUAGAAACGAGACCGCACUUUAUCGAUUAUAUUCAUUCUGAAUUUGGUAAGCAUAAAAAUCUACAAAGAAAGGACUUUACUACCAUUGAAUAUCUAUUAAGGGUGGGCAAUAAGAAAUUGAAAAUGUAUUCUCAACCAGAACUAAAAGAUAUUCAUUAA